ACAAGAAUAGGAACACAAAAGGAUAAUUUUUCAACACACGAAAAGCUGUUCAGAGGUUGAAACUGGCUUCAUCAUUUCCUUGUUCACCUGUACGUUUUUAUGCUGUAAAUUGUUUUUGUGAAAAAUGGUGGCAAUCCCAUGUCCUCAGAUUUCAUGGCUGAUCUUUGUCUGUGGCUUCUCUGUUGGCUUCCUCGCAACUUCCUACUUGUUUAGCAGUGUCCUAGAAAACAAAGGAGCCCAAGUACACAUAAUGGGUCUAACAACCUGGAAAUUUAGACCUUCUAAUACCUAUACCAAACAAGUUUCAACAGAUUCAGGAGACCAUAGCGUCAGUGAAGACCUUUCUCGCAAGGUCCGCGUGCUGUGUUGGAUAAUGACUGCCCCGGCUAAUUUACAAACCAAAACCAUUCAUGUCAAACACUCUUGGACACGUCAUUGCAAUAUUACUUUAUUCAUGAGUUCUGUCACCAAUGAAAGCUUUCCAACUAUUGGUUUGGGUACCAAGGAAGGACGAGAUGAACUCUACUGGAAAACCAUCAGAGCCUUUCAAUAUAUACAUAAACACUAUUUUGACAAGGCUGAUUGGUUCUUAAAAGCAGACGAUGACACAUAUGUUAUUAUGGAGAAUUUACGUCUCCUGCUAUCCAAUUACACACCAGACCAGCCCAUUUACCUUGGCAAACGCUUCAAGGUGUUUGUCAACCAAGGCUAUAUGAGUGGAGGAGCUGGCUAUGUGCUUAACAAGGAAUCCCUGAAACGUUUUGUGGAAGGAUUUCAAACUGGUGUCUGCACUCAUUUAUCUUCUGUGGAGGACCUUGAACUUGGCAAGUGCCUGGAGAAGAUGGGUAUUGCAGCUGGUGACACAAGGGACACUGAAAAUCGAGAGACCUUCCAUCCGUUUACACCAGACUUUCAUAUAAAUGGACGAUUUGCACAGGGAGAUUCUUAUAGGCAUUACUGUUACUAUCCAUUUGCUGAGGGACCACAGUGCUGUUCAGACCUGGCAAUCUCCUAUCAUUAUGUAUCACCAGAACUCAUGCACAUGUUGGAAUAUUUCACUUAUCACCUCCGGCCUUACGGGUACCAGUAUCGAUACCAGCCACCACUACCAGUAAAUGCACAUAAACUCUCUGCAACUAGAAUCGGUAACAAUUUUACCACACCAUCUUCUAGCAUUGGAAGUAAUCUGUCCUGACAUGACCAAUAUGUGCAUUUACAAAAUAAAUUAACCAAUAUGGAACAUGAACGGCACAAUACCUUUUCCAAUUGGUUGCAAACCAUUACUAUUGUCUUUCUUCAGUUGAGUAACUGUUUUUGAUGAUGUUA